AUGUCCAACACCAGCUCCAUCAAUGUGUUCCUUCUACUGGCUAUUGCAGAUACACGGGAGCUGCAGCUCUUGCACUUCUGGCUCUUCCUGGGCAUCUACCUGGCUGCCCUCCUGGGAAACAGCCUCAUCAUCACCACCGUAGCCUGUGAGCACCGCCUCCACACCCCCAUGUACUUCUUCCUCCUCAACCUCUCUCUCCUUGACCUGGGUUCAGUCUCCACCAUUGUCCCCAAAUCUAUGGUGAAUUCCCUGUGGGACAGCAGGGCCAUCUCCUAUGUAGGAUGUGCUGCCCAAGUCUUUCUGUUUUUCUUUUUGAUGUCAGCAGAAUUGUAUCUUCUCACCAUCAUGGCCUAUGACCGCUACGUUGCCAUCUGCAAACCCCUGCACUAUGGGACCCUCCUGGGCAGCAGAGCUUGUGUCCACAUGGCAGCAGCUGCCUGGGGUAGUGGGUUAAUCUAUGGUCUCCUUCACACUGCAAAUACGUUUUCCAUACCUCUCUGCCAGGGUAACGCUGUGAACCAGUUCUUCUGUGAGAUCCCCCAGAUCCUCAAGCUCUCCUGCUCAGAUGCCUACCUCAAAGAGCUUUGGUUUCUUGUUGUUAGUAUCUUUGUGGGUUUUGGUUGUUUUGUUUUCAUUGUGCUGUCCUAUGUGCAGAUCUUCAGGGCCGUGCUGAGGAUCCCCUCUCAGCAGGGACAGCGCAAAACCUUUUCCACCUGCCUCCCUCACCUGGCCGUGGUCUCGCUGUUUCUCAGUACUUCUAUGUUUGCCCACUUGAAGUCCCCUUCUAUCUCAUCCCCAUCCCUGGACUUGGUAGUGGCAGUGCUGUACUCAGUGGUGCCUCCAGUAGUGAACCCCAUCAUCUACAGCAUGAGGAACCGGGAGCUCAAAGAUGCGCUGAAGAAUUUGAUUCAACUGGUUGUCUCUAAGCAGCUGUAA